GUACAAGUUGCAAAUAAGAAUUCUGAUUGGCUAACGAUUUCACUAGGGAAACUUUUCUUUGGUUUUAACCAAUCGGAAUGUAGAUCGUUUCCACCAGCGGCUCUGAAACUUCAUUGCGAAUGGGUCCAAUAACGUUCUUUUAUUGAAAAUGACGGUUAAAUAAAAUAUGGCAGUGAAGUCCUUGGAAGUCCUGCUGGAAUUGGAUAACCUAGAACCCUGUUAAACUUUGUUAUAAUAUUUAAAUUUGAGAAGAUGGGAGAUUACCGUUACUGUAAGUUAUUUCAAGCGGUCAUAGAUCGUGGUACGAUGUCAGACCAGGAAGCUCGAGAACUGAUUAUUAAAAUAUUUGAAAGCAAUAGACCAACUCAGACGUACAUUACUGAAAUAAAUAAAGAGCUGCAGCGAUUGUCGCUGGUUAUAAAAAGUGCAAAUUGCGAACAUACCGGAGAAAAAUAUUGGAUACUUACAAAUGCCGUACAGGAUGAUAUGACUCGAUAUCAGAUGGAGUUACCGGCCAAUCAGUUGGAAUUAAUAAAAAAAGUACUCCAUAAAAUCGUUACGUCACCAGAUAGUUGCGCAUCGAGCAUCGAUUGCCUUAAUUUUUGCCCCUCGUUAAAACAAUCGAUGUCUAAACACGAUGGUGAUGCGUUUCUUAAAGACAUGAUUGCCCAGAGAUGGUUAUUUUCUAAAGAAGGUUCUUAUUACAUUGGUGUGAGAAGUAUCGUUGAAUUAAUAACGUACCUUAAAACACUUAACGAUGGACCUCUGAAUACAUGCUGUCUAUGUAGACAAAUUAUAUUUUAUGGUAAAAGAUGCAACAAUUGUGAGACUAUAAUGCACCAGUUCUGUUUGGCAGAUUAUGAAAAAGUUCAAGGCUCUUUAAAGUGCCCUAAUUGUAGCCAGAGGAUGGGAGAUGCAAAUACUUCAGGUACACAUGCAGACAAAUAACUGUAGAGAGUGUCGAUUCAAAAGAGACUGUUUCUCAAAGACUGAUAAAACCAUCAAAGGAGAAUUACAACUACAUUAUGAUCUUGGAAUACAUUUUGACAAAGUCAAAUGUUCAUAUUAACUCGUAAGGAAAAUUUGCAUUUAAAAAUCUCUGAUUCCGAAUAAUUUUUAAUGCAGUGAUUGUACAAAAGUAUUUUUAUAAAUCAAUCAGUGUGGCUUUAGCCACAUUUAGAUCGAUGACUUAGCAUCAUUUUGUCAUAA